AUGAAUAACCAACAACACAAUUCCAACUGUCAAUUCUGUAAAUUAAGAUAAACCAAAUUUAUUUAAAAAGAAAUACACGAAAAGUAUUUAGUUGUUAUAAUUGAAUAGAUAUUUUGAAUAGUUCAACUUUUAUUUUGCUAAACCUAUAACAGAAAUAUUAGCAAAUGUUCCUGUAGAUCAUGUAAUUUUGUUUAAGGAUUAAUUGUACUUACAUGAUGAAAACGAAUACAUGAAACGUUUUUAUUAAAGAGAUGAAUAAGAUCCAAGAUUAAAAUUACUUAGCAAUUUCUAUUUUGAGUAACAUAAAGUAAAAUAUGAAACAUAAUACAAAAAUAGAUAACAUAACCUAAUUUAUGUAAAGUUAAUGCUCAUAAGUUUAUGGAGAAAAGAUAGAAUAAAUUGAUAAAAUUACAAUAAAAAGCAUAAAAUAGUUAGAAUCAACAACCUAUCACAAAAAAGAUGAUUCCAGAUCAUAUUUUUAGUGAGAAUUAUGUUGAAUCUGUAUCAGAGUAGUAUCGACAUACUUAUUUAGUUCCUAUCCGAAGGAACAAAUUUCAUGGGACAGCAAAUCUCAUAAUAUCUAUGAGAUAUCAUAAAGUGAAGCAUAGAAGUCAUUACUACCAUUAAAUAAACCAACUUAAUAAUAAUAAUGUUUUAUUAUUAAUACAUCUGGAGAUCAUAAUAAAUUAUUCAAUUGUUAAAAUGAUUAAGAACUUGAUAGUUUAUUUAAUGACUUUAAUCUUUAGACAUCAAAGUAACUAUCUACUAUUACUAAAAUUCCACUAAAAAAGAAAAUACCAUCAAGUGCAAAUGCUAAAAAGAAUCCAUCAUCUUUAUAAUCUCAAUAACCUAAGAUACCUAUUCCCCCUUUAAAAUUAUAAGAGAGUGCUAAAUCUUCAACAACUACAGCUCCUAAUAAUAAUAAUAAUAAUAAUAAUAAAUCAACUAGUAUUUAAUCUUUAAUGAAAAAAUAUGAUCAAAUAUUACAGAAAAGAUUCUAAGUAAAAGAAAUCCUUACUGAACGUAAUGACACUCGUUAUGGUGCUGGUUAUGGAUCCAGUUGUGGUAUUGGUACGUUUCAAGGGGAAGGUGGAUCUUCUAAGAAAUAAAUUACUGAUGAAAUGCUACUUAAACUAAUUUAAAAUAUGAAAAAAUCUAAAAAUAAAUCUGAUAAUUAUCAAUUUCAUGCCUCUUAUAAAAGUGUUAUAUAAUAAGCAUAAAAUGGGCCUACUUAAUCAUGUACAUUUGAAAAGGAAAAUGAAAAAAAGAAGAAAUAUUAAGUUUAUUUGGUAUUAUUUUUGUUAUUAUUAGGAUAGCCAAAAUAAAUUAAAAAAAAUCCUUCUUAGAUGUCUUCUCCUACGACUGUGCAAAAGUAAGUGAUUAAAAUUAUUAUAGUACUUGUUCUCCUUCUAUGUUACUUAGAUCACUUUCUAAUCCAUCUAUGGCUCCUUCACCAUUGCGUAGAUUAGAAAUUAAACUUAAUCUAAAUAAAUUAAUUCAAUAAUAAGAACAAGAAAUUGGUUAUUGGACUUAAAGAUGCAAAGUUCGUUGA